ACAUCAUGUAACCGAACACGGAAGUAAACGAAUGAAAGCGGUCUCAUGCUAAUGUUGGCAUCAUGGUUGUAUUAGUUUUGCAGCUAUUGUAGCUGGAUAGGUUGCAAAACAGGUAUUUCUGUUAACCCUAAUUUACAACACUUGAACGACGACAUCGCUGUGGCUAUGUCUCAGAAGGAAGUGAAGGAAGCGUUUGUCAGUAAUCUCAAUGGGACGUCUCUGCAGGAGGUGGCUCUGGGCUCCUGUCUUGCUCCAAUAUGCGUUCUGAACCGAGGACUGAUGUUGAUCCUUUACCAGCAGGCCAAAGGGACUCAGCCACUGCCGCUCGUUUUUCACCUGUUUUUAGACUUCACUGUACUUAUUUUUCCCCUUGUCCUGUCGUGCACGGUCUUCAGCAGUAUUCUUCACCAGGUCAUCCUAAGCUUAACCUUUGUUUCAGCCAGUAUGUUCUGGUGUAUCUAUCGCUCUGACAGUCAUUCCUCCCCUCAGCACCCAAAGACCAGCACCUUCCUACAGAGCCGUAUUCAAGUUAACCAGGUGCCCUUUGUGACUCUCUUCAGGGUGUUUAUUAAUGUGAAGACAGCCAUCAGCAUUCUUGCCGUUGACUUUGCUGUUUUCCCAAGACGAUAUGCAAAAACUGAAACUUAUGGGACUGGUGUUAUGGACUUUGGCGUUGGAGCAUUUGUUUUUUCCAAUGCACUUGUAUGCCCAGAGGCACGGAGGAAGAACAUCUCAGGAUGUAAGAUGAAUUACAUCACAAAGCAGCUCCUGUCUGUGUGGCCUCUGGUUGUCCUGGGUAUGGGAAGGCUGGUGAGUGUUAAAAUGUCUGGCUACCACGAACAUGUGACAGAAUAUGGGAUCCACUGGAAUUUCUUCUUUACGCUAGCAAUUGUCAGAGUUGUGGCUUCCGUACUUCUGGUUGUCUUACCAGCCAGACGGUCUUGGUUCUUUGCCCUUCUGAUUUGUGGGAUUUACCAGUUGUUUUUGGAGAGAACAGCCUUGAAGGGUUUUAUCAUCCACAAUAAUGACAGAGAAAAGGACUUUCUGCAUGCAAACAAAGAAGGCAUAUUCUCUGUAGUGGGCUACGUAGCCAUCUAUAUGGCAGGCGUUCAGGUUGGGCUUUAUGUGAUGCAGCCGAGGUCCCAUGUUAGAGAGUGGCUCAAAGCACUUUUUAUCCUUUUGCUGGGAAGCUCCAUGCUGUAUGCAGCUUUGUACAUAUGUCAGACACUGGUGGAGCCAGUUUCUCGUCGCUCAGCUAAUUUACCUUUCUGCCUUUGGAGUGUGGCGCAGUCUUUGUUUUUUAUUUCCUGCCUUGGUAUAGCUGACAUGGUUUUACUGUUUUCCAAAAGAACAUCGGGCUGUCACUUUGUGCCCUCGUCAUGGAAGCUUCAGAGAAAAGACUCAAACUCAGUCACAGACAAAGAGAGCAUUGAAUCUGAAAGAUUCUGUCUUGUUCAAGCGGUCAGCAGGAAUCAGUUGUUAUUCUUUAUUUUUGCAAAUAUCAUGACAGGACUGACUAACUCUUUAGUGGAAACACUCAGCUGCAGCAGUUCAUUUUCAGUUUGUGUUUUACUGUUAUACAUGUUUAUGAAUUGCUUUGUAAUAUAUGCUUUACAUCUCUGUGGAAUUACAGUAAAGUUUUGGUAACAUUGCCUUUGAAAAGAUACAGAGCCAUUUGCUUUAUUUUGAGUGUGACAUACCUACAAAUGAUCAAUUAAAUCAUAAAGCAUUAA